AUGAUCAAAUACAUCAUCAAGAGCGUUGGUAUUGGAAUCUGUGUUUCCCAUUUGGAGUGGAGGUCCACUACCUGCCCCCAAACGAGCCGUUGUGUACAGCGAGGAGUCAAACGUGUUUGGGAUCUCUGCAAAGUUCUGCGGCUUCCUUCUCUGUUUGAAGAUACAGCCGUGUCCUAUUACCAGCAGGCAAUCAAACGUCCCUGCUUCAGUUUAGUCAGCUUGGAGAAGAAGGAGAUGCUUGUGGGCUGUUGCGUCUUUGGGACCUGCCGCCAGCACAACUGGCCCCUGACCAUGGGCACAGUCUGCCUGCUGCUCUAUGGAGACAAGGAGUUGUUUGCAAAGACCUAUCUACGCUUCCUGAAGGAACUGGCCCUGGAUGUGCCUACUCUCAGCUUGAUGGAUAUGGUGAAAACCCACCUCAACAGCUUCAAGAUUUUCCAGAAUUCACCCAGCGUCCCGACUAAGUUUGUGGAAGAAAAGGAGCAGCUGGUGGCAAGGACUGUCCAGAUGGUGGAACUUGCCAGCGACACGUGGCUGGUGACAGGCCGGCACCCCAUCCCCAUAGUGACAGCAGCAGCCUUCCUGGCUUGGCAGUCUCUCCGGCCUGUCGAUCGCCUCACUUGCACCCUUUCCCAGUUCUGUAAGCUUGCUGGUAUGGAGGCUCCCCGGCCAGCCCACCAGAGACUGAAGGAGCUGCAUAACAUCCUCCUGCAAAUGGCUUCUCAGCUGGGCUGGUUGCGAGUGCUGAAAGUGGACCGUCGGAGCGUGGCAAAGUACAUCGGUGACUUUCUGCGGCACCGCCGUGUGCUUCUACAGGCUGCCUUCCGCAUCGUGGAUACUACGGAAGACCGUGACCUAGAAGACUCAGCAGCUGCGCCACUGCAGCUAAUCGAUGAGAGCGCUGCAACAGUAGAAGAGGCCUCCCUUUCAGGAGAGAAGCAGAAGUUCAGCAAGCGGAAACCUUUGUUCCCACCCUGCAUCUUGAACCCUGCAAAGAGGCUACAAACUCCUCAGCUAAGCCUUGAAGAUUCUGCUAUCACUGGAGAUGAGCCCAUUUUAGACAGUGAGAUAGAGCAGUUUAUCCGGACUCCAGAAGAAAAGGAGAUGUUUAGCAAGGCUCAAGCGUGCCUGUGACCUCGAAGCUGCAAGUGAUUCAGACAGACUUGCAAGCAAUAGCCUUCUGAUACAUAUUUUGCUCUAGGAUGCUUAGUUUGCUCUGUAUCCUCUCCUGUAUCCCGCUCCGUUCAAGGCUGUUCGGCAGAAUUUGUCUUGGUUCAUGUGGUGCCUUUCAGGGAGUAAGAAG